UUGAAGUAUGUACGCAUGAAUACUUACGUUACAUAAGCCCUACGUGAUCUGUGAUUUAUUUUAAUACUAUUACGCAACUCGCGUGUCGAAAAAAAGUUUGAAUUAAUGCUCGAGACUGAAUAAUCAUUUCGUUUACGGGAAACUGCGAAGAUCCUCGACGCUGAGGUAGCAAGUUCCUUCGAAUCACCAUAAAGAGACGGUGGUCGCAAUGGUUUCGGCAUGGGAAGAAUUCUAUGCGAAGCAACCACCUCCUCAGGAUCUGGUGCAGAAUGAAAGUGCACUGAGAGAAUUUGCCAAGCAGCAUAUGCAGAAGGGCAAUAAAGUGGUGUUGGUAACGAGUGGAGGCACGACGAUACCUUUGGAACACAACACUGUCAGAUUUGUCGAUAACUUUAGUGCAGGCACAAGAGGAUCCGUUUCAGCUGAAUACUUCUUGGAGCAAGGAUAUGCAGUCAUUUUUAUGCAUCGAAUCAAAUCCUUAGAACCUUUCUCGAGGCAGUUUCAGAAAUUUUUAGACUUGCUACAAGUGUCAGAUAAUAGCGAGAACCCUGUCAUUACAGUAUUACCGGAAUAUACGCAAAAAGUGGCAACGAUAUUGCGAAAAUAUAGAGAAGCGCUUGAUCAAGGAAAAUUAUUACAACUUACUUUUACGACUCUUUCCGAAUAUCUCUGGCUGCUGCGAUCUGCUUGCCAAGCACUAGCACCGUUGGGAAACGGGGCUAUUCUAUACUUGGCAGCAGCAGUCUCAGAUUUUUACAUUCCCUCCAAUGAGAUGUCAGUUCACAAGAUUCCCUCGAGCGGGCCGCCGACCAUAUCUCUUCAUUUAGUACCAAAGAUUUUAGCUCCGUUAGUCAGUUUAUGGGUACCAAAGGCAUUUGUGAUUUCCUUUAAACUGGAAACUGAUGAAAAUUUGCUGAUAUCUAAAGCGAGGACUGCUCUCAACAAGUAUCAUCAUAAUCUUGUAAUCGCCAAUAUGUUGCAAACUCGAAAGCAGCAAGUGAUAAUUGUGAGCAAGGAAACUGAGUACAGCUUGUCUCUCACAGAUGAGCAGUUAGAUAAUGGCGAGGAGAUUGAACAAUUAAUUGUAAAUGAUCUCGUUGAGAAGCACGCAAAGUUUAUAGGCUCUGAUGAAGUUAGUUGAUCUAUCUGUUUUAAAUUAUAUUUAUUAUAUAUAUUAUAUAAAUUAUAUAUAUUAUAAUUAUAUUUCGUAAAGUGCAUUUUCCGCGGAGAUGAGGAACGGCAAUAUAAGUUACGACAGUAUAGCAUAUUUAAACGGCUUUUUGUGGUAAUGGAAUCCUCAGGUUUAUGAUAUAAUAUCAUAAUAUAAUAUUACUAUAUAUAUGUAUAUAUUGGUAUUAUAAAACAUGACGUACAAGAACCAGUUAUAAAUAUUACUAUUUUAUACAACAAAUAUUUUACAUUCACAUUUUUGUACAGAUUAUGAAAAGCGUGAAUCAAAUCGAUGACGAUUAAUCGAAAGUAAACGAGAUAUGUAAUUACUUAUCAAAAUAUAUCACGAUAUAUCCACGUUUUAAAUGUUCAUUAAACUGAACUUAUCUUAAUCCUUCGCACUCAGAGACAAGAAAUUCGUUCGAACAAAUUUUAUGUUUGCAUUUUAAGUUUUUCUCAAUAAUUACCUGCAGUCUUUUCGUGUCUUUUUCCCUUAGAAGAGACAGUCGAGUGCAAAGGGUUAAAGUCACUAGACAUUUCCAAGCGUUGUUUUGAUUACCUGAAUAUUAUAUGUACAUAAAUGUAACUUAGAAAAAA